AUGACUCGGUUAUGGUUAUUAUCCGGUUGGGCGUGCCUGGGCGCGACGCUUGCGAGAGCAGAGGAAAUCGUCUAUGUUACUGAUCUUUCCAUUUUUACUGUAUUAGCACCAUGCGCGGCCGCUGCCAUCUCUGAGAACGUCCAGAGCCAGACAAACGAUAAUUGCCCCGAAGCAGUCACCGAUCUCCAAUCAUGUGUCUGCACGAAAGAUAACAACUUUGCUUCAAUAUCGUCAGGAAUCUCGGAGUCGAUUAGCUGGAGCUGUGGCUCGACAGCGUCGGAGGACCAGACGAGUGCGGCCAGCGUUUUCUCAGCCUAUUGCAACCAGGCUUCGAUUACGCCGUUUCCAACUCCUACGUACCCGGUCACACAAUAUAUCACCGAUUUUCCCGCAUGGCAGCAACUUGCUCCUUGUGCCGCCUCAGGCCUAUCCUACAUCGUCCAGAGUUUGACAUUUGACUUAUGCAAUGCGGAAGCUAGCCUCCUCGCUACUUGUGCGUGCGACAAGAACCAGAAUUCCCUUCUCGUUAGCCAGGGUAUUAACACCUCGGUGAAAUACUCAUGCUCAUCGCACACGGCCGAUGUCGAUUCGGCCCAGGCUGUGUUCGCAGGCUACUGUGGUUUAGUAGAUGGAACGUCAUCUUUUCCAACGACCUCGGAUCCCCCAGGAGAUAUGACGUACUAUAUCACCGCACUUCCUGAGUUUAGCUCGCUAGCCUCUUGCGCACAAGAUGCGGUAUCAUAUGCAGUUAUGAGUCAAACCUAUGAUCUCUGCCCUCCAGGCCCAGCAGCUUUGGCUUCAUGUAUUUGCAUCAAGAGUCCCAUGUCUGGUUAUGUUAGUAACCAAGUGGGUUCGGAUGUGACGUAUUAUUGCGAUUCAACAGCAACCGAGGACGUCAGUUCUGCCCGCAAAGUUUUCGAUAUGUACUGUAGUGCUGCUAAAGGGUUAACAACACUUGCUGGGGUCACUGAGUCAGUACAACAAACGAGUGCCGAUGGGAAUAGCGGGACAUCUGGACCGAAAGAAACCGGAGCUACGAGUGCUGAAGGGCCGGUAGAGUCUGGUGGAACAACCACGAACUCAACCAGUAAAUCGAAUAUUGGGACGAUCAUAGGAGCUGCUGUUGGCGCUGCAGCCGGUUCCGCAAUGUUAGGGUUGAUAGCCUUCUUUUUCUGGAGGAGAUCGCGACAUAAUCGCAACCACCAACAAGCAGCGCCACUUAAUUCCGCUGAUGGAUUUGCAGGAAAACCCGAGCUCGACGGCGCCGUACCUACAUCUACAUCCGCGACAAGCCCGAACUCCAAUACAUUGGACAGACACGCGGCAUCGCUAGUUGACAAUGUAUCUCCGGUAUCUGCAACAAGUACCCCGUACAAGCCAGAGCUUCAAGGCCACAAUGACUAUAUUCCCCAAUACUCGCAAGUACCCGAGUUACAUGGUCAGAAUCAGGACACAUACAACUUACAUGAGGCACAUGGUCAGCCUAGAUCGGAGCUCCCGGGUAUGGGAUGGCAAUCAGGACCCGUGGCAGAAUUCCACGAAUUGGAUGAUAAUCAUCGAAAGCAAUAG